AUGGACGCUAGUGCUGCACUUCCUCCGGCAGAGCUGAUCAGCAGCGCAAAGGUGUUCGGCGGCUUCAACAGGAGGUACAAGCAUUUCAGCCCAACCCUCGGCUGCUCGAUGACCUUUACCAUCUACUUCCCUCCAACACCUCAAGGUUCUUCUACGGUUCCUGUAAGUCCUUGCCUGUUAUAACCUUUUUUUAAAAUUUCUUUUUCUGCACGUUAUCAGCUUGUCUCUUCUUUUUCGCCAAUCUGAUAAAUUGACAGUGAUACGGAAAAUGCUGCCGGCUGAUUCAUGUUCUUCUUUUCUCACAUUCUCUCAAUUCCAUGGGUUUUGGGGAUGAUUUUAUUUGUCCUGGUUAUGUUUACAGAUGCAAUUCAUUUGAUUGCAUGAACUUAAAAUCUUUCAUGUCUGUUGACCACCUAAUAUGGUUUGCAAUUUUGAAAAAAAUAAAUCUCAUGGAGUGUUUUAUUUUGAUGGGAUCUGACAUCAAUGUUUUUAUUCUGAGGCUGAAAUUGCAUUUUCUGCAUCUAAUUUAUGUUCAGUAGUGGCUUUGUGUUAAAAGAGUAUAUUCUAGAUGGUAAUACUACAUGGUGUAGCAAGAGGAUAUAGGAUGUGGCUGGAGCAAGAUCAAAAUAGGUAAUGACAAUAGUUCAGGACUAUAAGCUGAGUUGAUCAUGUUUUUGAAUUUGUACUUCUUUACCUUAGAUCUUGAUAUGAUCCUCUAAGGGAGCAUUGAAUCUGCGUCAAAUAGAAGAGGCAAAAUACAAGCGUCGGGAUGAUAGUCUAUUCAGAUAGUAGGAAAGAAGAGGGAAAGCAGAGGGGGAAAAUUUUCGAGAGGUUUCCCCGCCUCUCCAAAAUACUAUGUUCCUCCCUAGAGCCCCCCUUCUCAUGCUGUAUUUAUACCCCCUCUCACGUGACGAGCAUGUGACUCUUUCUUACACCUUCUAUAGGUUAGUAGUGGGGUUCUAUGAUUACUCCCCCCCCUCCAGUUCACUUGGUCCUCUACGUGAAAUUUUAGAAAUUGGCAAGCAAUAUUGUGGGCUAGCUCUCAUAAAGAAUCAUGAUUUAGUAGCACGUCCCAUUUCACUAGUACUUCUGGGCUUGCAGGUAUCAUCUGCACCCCUUGAAUUGAUUGAGGUUUUACUUACCAUUCCAUGUUUGAGCUGAGUGAGGGGUGGAAGUUGCUGAGGGGAGUUGGUGGUUGAUAAAGCUCGCUGCAGUUGAGAAAUAUGAAACAUUGGAUGGAUUGAUGAUGAUGGUGGAAGAUCAAGCUUGAACGUUGUUUGACCCACAAGAGAUGAUCUUGUAUGAUCCAAAGAACUUUGGGGAGAGCUUUUCAUUCACCUUGCCUACUAGAGAUCUCAUUCUAUAGGGACGAAGUCGUAGAUAUACUUUAUCAUUAGCUUGAAACUUUGUUGGUUGAUGAUGAUGAUCUGCCUUAAGUUUCAUUUGAGAUUGAAAGUUCUGCAAAUGUUGCUUCAAUACGUUGAGAAUUUGGUCUUGCUCUAGUAGUUGUUGACCCACAACUGAAAUCGGAGAGGGAAAAGGCCCAUAGUUAAUGAUGGUAAGAGGGUCAUAGUCAUAGACUGUUUUAUAUGGAGUAAUUUUGAUAGAGGAAUGGUAGGCAGUAUUAUAAGAUAAUUCUGCCCAAUGUAGCCAGGACUGCUAGUCUUUGGUUGAUUUAACACAAAACGCCUUAGAUAAGAUUCUGAGGAUCGGUUCACCACUUCGGUUUGUCCAUUAGUCUGAGGAUGAUAGGAGGAUGACAUUUGGAGUUGAGUUCCUUAUAACUUGUAUAGUUCACAUCAAAAUUUACUAACGAAUACUUUGUGACAAUCUGAAACAAGCGAUUUAGGUAAACCAUGUAGAUGGACCACUUUUUUUGCAAAGGUGGCACCUAUGGUGUAGAAAAUGGGUGUUUUAAGAAAAUAAAGUGGCUGUACUUGUUAAGGCAAUCCACCACGACCAAUAUAAUGUCAAAGUGAUUGGAUCUAGGUAGACCUAUAAAGUCCAUCGAAAGGUCUUCUUAUACUUGAUGUGGAAUGGGCAAUGGCUGCAAUAAUCAUGUAGAACUUAGCCACUGCAUUCCGACUAUCACAUCAGUACUCCCCAAUGUGAGUGGUAGAAAGUCUUCGGUGAUGUCUAAACCUUGGACUUGUAAAAAGAUACUCCUGCAAAUUCUGUUACCUUGUAGGGCCUCACCAUUCCCUAUGAGAAUUUCAUAAUUCAUAGCUUCUGUGUGAGGUAAAUUGACGCAUGCACAUAAUUCCGAGCAUAUGAAAUUAUACAUCGCACCUGAAUCAAUUCAGAUGGUAAUCACCUGCCCUUGUAAUGUUCCUUCCAUCUUCAUGGUUCUUGUUUGCAUGAGUCCUACCACUGAGUUCAAUAAAACUUGUACUGUGAAUAACGUUAUUCUUUCUGCUGGUUGAGUCUUCUCCUCUUUGGAAUCAUAUAAAAUGUCGUCACUAGUUCCUUGGUCGUCUUUAUGAACGAUCAGAAUUUGUAGCUGUUUUUUGCAGCAAUGUCCCGAGCCAAAUUUUUCUUCACAAUGAUAACAAAGUCUUUUUUCACGACAGUUCUGGUACUCCACAUUAGUCAAUGUGAUCUAUUUUCGGUACCUAUUGUCUUUUCCUGCCACCUGAGGUGGAGUAUUACUUUUAGAGUUCCAUUCUAGUAGGGAGGUAGUGCCUAUUCUUUUCCUAUUCACUAUAUAGUACAUGUAAAUGAUUGUUAGCAGUCUUAAUGGAAGUAAAAUUACCUUGUCAAGAAGAUUUGGGCAGAUGGUUGUCCCAGGCUUCUCAUAGAGUGCGGAUACGUUGCUUUGCCUCUAUUGAUGCAUCCAUCAUCUCCAUCAAUCCCACUGGACCGAUGCCGGCCAGCUUUGCUUAAAUCUCCGAUUUUAAGCCUUUCAUAUAAGUAUUCUCCAUGUCUACAUCUUGGAGUUUUUGGCAGAUAAGUAGAUAAAUGCUUGUAUUCAGUCGGACAUUCUUGAACUGAUUGGUCUUGUUGAAGAUUUAAGAAUUUAUGGAAUGUGUUCACUGCUGUAGUAUUGCCAAAGCGUUUCCCCAAUUGAAUUCUAAAGUUCUGACAAUUGCGGAAAGAAUAUCUAUCAUCCCUCCAUAGGUACCAUUCUAACGCCAGGCCUUCGAGCUUCAUCAUUGCCAGCUCUAGGUUGUUCUUGUUCCUGAACUUUGUUUAGUCUGAAAAAUCUCUCAAUACAUCUUAACCAACCCUCAGGAUUUCCCCCACCGGAAUACUGGUAUUUCCCGGUUUUUGGUGAAUUGGAUGACCGUGUGACCAGCUGUAGUUUCACUUAGAAUAUAUUCUUGGGGAAGGAAGGGAGGUUGUACCUCAGGUUAUGAUUCUAACUGCUCUGGGCGGAGUGAUGAUGUCGGCUGUAGAGUAGAGUGUUCCUUCUUCUCUAAGGCAUCCAAUCUUACAUACACCGUCAGUUGGAACUGCUGCAUAUUUUGUAGGAGUUGUCGCAUUAGAUCCAUGGAUUCUUCCUUUGAUUUCUCCAUGUCUUCGACCAUCUUUCGUUGGUCUGCCCGUAGGUUCUCAUUGUCUGUUUUUAGGGCUUCAAAACAGACAUCCGAUAUCUUCGGCGCCAUGGCACCUAUCAUCGCAAGAUUGUGGCUCUGAUACUAAUGAUACGAUCCUCUAAGGGAGGCUCGAAUCUGGGCGAAAUAGAAGAGGCAAAGUACUUAUAUUGAACUCACAGACUCUUGUCGGUGACGAGGAACAAGUGUUGGGAUGACAGUCUAUUCAGAUAACAGGAAAGAAGAGGGAAGAAGAGUAAAGGGAUGGGGAAAAUGUUUGAGAGGUUUCCCCGCCUCUCCAGAAUACGAUGUUCCUCUAGAACCCCCCCCCCCCCUCUCUUGUGCUGUAUUUAUACCCCCUCUCACGUGACGAGCACGUGACUCUUCUCUUACGCCUUUUGUAGGUUAGUAGUGGGGUCGUAUCAGAUCUUUCAUUGAGAAUAGAUCCCUGCUGUUAAAGAGUUUGCACGCUUCAUCUUUGCAGAAAAUGAGUUGAAUAUCGUCCAGAUUUAUGAAUGUCUAUUUUUCGAGCCCAAGCUAUAUUUUUCGAAGUCCCUCAUAUUAGAUUGAUCUUAACCAUGAUCUAGUUGUAUGUUGAGCUUACUAUUCUCGACACUGGUGUAAAAUAGCAUUCUGGACAAGAAAGGAUCUUCUUAAUGCUGCAGAGUAGAGGUACGCAGGGAAUACCACGAAAUCAUCACUUUAGAUGAGAAAAUUUUACUCUAAAGCCUUUUUUUCUGCUUCAUAAAUGCAUCUUGCCCAUUAUAAUUUAUUUUUUUAUCUCUUUUUAUAUUUUUACCAUCCAACGGUAAGUCCCCCAAACCAUGCUCUCUACGUCCAUGCUAAACAUGUGCACGUGUGAUGUGUAAGGGGUUAUCAGGAUAGCGUACAAAGAGUUUUUUUUCUGAGUGCAAUAUACUAUAAUACCUAGUAACUUUAGUCCAUUUACGUGCUUCAUGAAUAGGAUUUUCACAUUUGCUAAAUGCCUUUUUCCAUAGAAACAUUAUCAAUUACAUGAAACUUUUUUUCCUUGCCUCUACUUAGUGUGAUUUAAGACCAUCGACUUCUAUUAUUUUCCAAUAGAAUGUCAGGUACACAACAACGAGUCCUUAGUCAAAAGUAUAAACAGAAGUCAUUACUUUCUAAAGUAUGAAUAAAUUCGUCGUUACUUUCUUAAGUAUCGUGUCAUUAUAUGAAAAGAAAUAAAAAGAUAAAUAAGAACAGGUACCAGACCACCAGCAUUAUCAACAUAAAUCUGGACCACUGCAGCAGCGAAUCCUGCAGGAUCCAAGGCAGCUGCUAUGUUCUAUUUGUGGGUCUUAAUCCCGUGCCACAUGGAUGAGAUGACAUAAUGAACCCAACAAGUAAGAAAUUCUGAAAAUGAGAGGUGAAUAAAGUACUCUAUCCAACCAAAGGAUUCUACAGAAGUUAUCUCAAACUAUUUCUUAUGAAAGCAUUGAUGUGCUUUAGAAAUGUACUGUAUCUAUCACACUGCAGCAAAGCACUCAUGAAAAUGCUAGAGCAGCAAGUCAUGGCAAAACAAGUGACAAAAAGAAUCUGAUUAGGUAUCAAAGGAGUAUAUCACAUGAUAAUGUUGAAAGGAUCAUCAGGCUCUAUUCAAUAAUUCACCAGAUACCAGAACUUGUCCAGGAGAGUAGUCAAUCGCAAACAAGAUGCAUAACUGAUAUCACUAUCUAGCCACAUAAUUAUUUAAUCAUUAUUGUAAAGCAGUGUCGUCAAUAUAUGCAAGGUUCUCUGUCAAAUGUCACAUCAUUGGUGAGUGACGUUUGUUAUUGAAAGUUUGAAAAAAAUUGUAAUAAGAUGGAUAAAUUUUAUUUAUCCCCUUUAUUGAGGUUUUGAAUUUUUAAAGAUGUAAUGUAAGGUUUUCAUAUCCUUGCAAUAAGCUCUUCAUAUCUCUUGUGUCAUGUCAAUUGCUUGAACUUUGAUUUAUAUAAAAAUGCCACAGUAUCAUUUUUAGGUUGAAGGUGCUUUUCUUUUUGUGGUGGUAUUUCAACGUUAAAUUGCUGGCUUCAUAAUCUUGAUUAUCAAGAAACGUUUUUCGGGAAAAAAGUGACGAUUGAAUUGAAAUUUUGAAAGUUUUCUCUUUGGGUUUAUAGAAAAACUUGAGAAAAACUUUAACUGAAGCUGGGAUGCAAGUUAUCUGAAUUUUUUGUUUUACUCUCUGAUUGAUAGGUUCUCUAUUGGCUUUCUGGCCUCACAUGCACAGAUGAAAAUUUUAUUAUCAAGUCUGGUGCACAACGUUCAGCAUCUCGUGAGGGCAUUGCCCUGGUUGCCCCUGAUACUUCACCAAGUAUAUCUCUUUCUACUCAAAACAAUGAUCUUCACGCCCUUUGCAAAUGCCUAUGUUGCUACUUUGAUUGUAUGUUGCCAUGCCAUCAGGAGAGUCUAUUCAAUGCCUUCAACUGUGACCAGCUUAAACCUUGUUAGUUGGGUUAUUCAUAGUUUAUCUUUCUUUAUACGGUAUGACCAGGUAAUUUUCAGUUUCUUUUUGAGGGCUAACCAGGGAGGUGGUCAAUCAAAAAAAUGAAAUAAAUCAGUCAUAGAUUAUUCUGCUAUUUUUUUAUGAUGACGCAACUCUUUAUGAUUUUUAGGGAAGAAUUUUCCCCAAGGUAUUAUAGUUGUACUCUUCAGUACAUUUUAUAAUCCUGGAAAUCAGCUUUUGGGACGGAAUCCGAGGAAUGUUCGUUUUAUUUUUCUUCAAUGAUACAAUAUUUUGAACUUUUUGUAAUGGAGUUGGAAGACAAUUUCCAUUAUGUUUUCCUUUGUACAUCCAUGCUUGCAUUUGAAUUGAAGUAACUUGAUUUUGCAUAUUUAUUCAGGAGGCCUCAAUGUUGAAGGAGAGGCAGAUAGCUGGGAUUUUGGCGUAGGUAUGGAUGCAGAAUAUAACCGCUUAAUAUUUAGUAAUCCAGACAAAUACUCUUGUGAUCUUGUGAGUAAGCAUUGGAAGUAACUUCUUUAAAAAUUAGUGUGAACCUCCAAAGCGAGCUUUUUUUUCACUUGGCUGCAAAUGGCUGAUGCAACUGGCUUGCUGGCAUUCCAAGAAGCUUGUACAGGCCUGUGCAUUUAGGUUAAACAAUUGCUCUAUUUGUAUUUUAUGCCUCUAUCGUUAACCUUAAAGAGGAGUUGAUAGAAAUAUUGGUAUUGAAUAUGCAGAUAUUUGCUUUGCCUUGAACCACAAACCAGGUAGAUUGUCAAGAUUUUGACUCGUGAUUUAACGCAGAGCAUAACAAAAAUGUAUGAUUGGAGAAAUUUACGCAGUGAUUUGAGAAUGAUUGUUAAACUGCCAGGCUGUAAAUGGAAAUUUUGGAUAAUGCAGUUUAUCUCUUUCAUGGGGCGUCACAUUAUUGGGCCUGAUUUCUGGACGUAAAGUCCAUAUUAGAUCAUGGAUGUUUAUUCACAUUUGACCUUGCAGUAAGUUUAUGCAACAUGCACAUCUAAUCGUUAGAUCAAUUAACAUGGAGUUUGACCACUGAACAUAAAGUUUAAAUUAAGUUUUGAGGUCCAUCAUUGAUAAGUUUCACCAUUUGACUGAAAGUGCACCCUAUGCUGUGGAGUCUCUGCAGUGUUCAACUUAGGUCCUUAAACCCACUCGCAUUGUGCUUAACCAUUGACACAAGUUUCUUGUUGGGUAAUGAAGGCCCAUUUGUAUUGAACUUUGAGGAAGGGAAACAUCUGUCAAUUACCUUUCAGUGGCUAAUGUGUGAUCGGAUGCUUACCCUUUGGAUGUCUACCCUUGUUUUUCUUCUGUUGAGGAUGACAUACUUCAUCACUUUUUUUUGAACAAUGGUGGCAAAUGGGCUUCUGCUGGUCAUUUCUCAUUCGUACAAUUUCAAGGUGGUUAUUACCAGAGGCAAGAUGUUUUAAAUUUUUUUACUGAAGAGUGGGAAUUAGUGGACCAGAUGGAACUUGAUAGGUUUCCUUUCCUGAUCAUUGAUUGUGUGCUUUGUUUGGUUCCACAUUUCCUUUUGAUAUUUUUUUUCUUUAAGUCGCAUUCAAUUUAUUGCUUCAGAGAACAUUAGCAUCCUGAGUAUCUAGGCUGUCCAUCUUAAAAUGUCUUCUGUCCUCGAAACCCUUUGAAAGGAGAUACGGCCUCCUCUGUAACCUCCUCCUCAUUCCUUAACUAACAUAUAGACUUCAGCAAAGAUUUACCUUUCGCUUUAGUACCUUUUUCAGUAAAUUCAGCUUAUCAGUGCCAUGCCCUGAGCUUGACUCGUAGUGGACGAAAUAAGUGUUAAAAUCAAAGAUAUUUAUUUGAGUGUUCCAUAAUAUUUGGCAAACAAGUGCAAAAGCCAAUGUAUUAAGUUAUAAUGAUACUUUGUCUUGACCACGUGUAUAAUCCGUAGAUGCUUACUGUAUGUGUAGACUUCUAAUGCUUUCAGUGUCCUCGCUGUAUUUCACGAGUUAUUUUCUGAAUAGGGUGAUAGAGGUGUAUAUAGUAAUGAUUAUUAUUCUCUAAGUUUUGAUUUUUCUUGGUGAGAAUAUUUUGGUAACCUUAUUCUUUUGUGGGACAAAAUGGUUCCCCAUGCAAAGUGUUUGACAUGUCUAUUCUUUGCUCAUGAUUCAUUUCGGCAGGUGCUGGCUUUUACUUAAAUGCAACACAAGAUAAGUGGAAAAACUGGCGUAUGUAUGACUAUGUUGUUAAAGAACUGCCAAAGCUUCUCAGCGUAAACUUUCCCAACCUUGACAUUUCACGGGCAUCUAUUUCUGGUCACUCGAUGGGUGGCCAUGGUGCUUUGAUAAUUUACCUAAAGAAUCCAGGAGCAUACAAGGUCUUUUUUUGGCUUGGUUGUCAAAAACAUAAGGCUGCGUACCUCAAUAGUUUCUUCACCUUCCUUGUUGUUCAUUGUCUUUGGUUGUAGUCUGUUUCUGCCUUUGCUCCAAUCUGUAAUCCUGCGAAUUGUCCAUGGGGACAGAAGGCUUUCUCAAACUAUCUUGGUACUGACAAGUCUGAUUGGGAGGUAAGAUAACCUCCUAAUAUAAACUUAUGCAGUGUUCUAAGUUGGAACCAAAAGUUGAGAUAAUCCCGUCAACAGACUGUUCUGACGUGUUGUGAUGAUCUGGGUCCUUGUACCACUCAUAAAUGAUUCGUUUUUCACAUCUUAGACAUCUUGAAUCGACUGUUAAUGCUUAUUAUUUAUGCAGGAAUAUGAUGCGACAGUUCUGGUUGAAAAAAUCAAUGAACUUUCAACAACUAUCCUAAUUGAUCAGGUAAAUUAUUUCUCGAUAUCAAGAAAGUAAUGAUAUUCUUCACGUACAAUGGGUUAGAUUGAAAUUUUAUGUCGAGAAUGUUAUUGUUAAUUAUGCUUGAUUAAGAUCUCAAAAGGUCUGCUAUCGUUAUGAUCUGUUUGGUUUAAUCCAAAGACAAGUUCUUAAAUACGCAAGAAAAAUAGAUCAGAAUGGAAUUCCCCAAUUGAAUCAUGGUAGGUUUUGGCUUGACAUCAUUUAAAAUGUUGUUCACAGGUUCUCUUAAGUGCUAACCUGUCCUAGACAGGUGGUUUGGCCCAGUGAACUACCUUUCUAGGUUGUUUUUACUUCAACAUUAAUGAUUAACUUAAAACGCUGGAGUGACGUGUGUGGGCAACCAUUUGUUGCCCUGGUAUUUUUCUGGCGAUAAUCAGAUGAUCUCUUCACUCAAUAAACUGGUCCGCUUGGUUCUUGUCCUACUAAUCAUUUGCUUCGAAAUUUUCAUGCCCUUAGGAUGGAUCAUUUUGCACCUUUUGCUUGCAAUUGGUCUGAGUUCUGAAAAAAUAAACUGUCAGUUGUGAACAAAUAUGCACUUUCACAUGUUCUAUCGGAUUGGCAGGAACCGUGCGGUUGUCAGAGAUGACGAUGAGUUCACAAUGUUAUUUCGUUCGUACUUGUGUCUAGUAAUUUUGAUUCGGAGAAUACCUUUUUGUCUUCUGUGAAUGAAAUAAAUCAAGAGAGUGGUAAUAGUGUAGAUAAUUUCAUUAGGUUAUGAUAAAAAGCUUAUAUUUUGAAUCAAUAUUGCGAGUAAUCAAUGUCUUGAAGGGUACAUGCCUGGGGGCUGACAGUGGGAUGUUAUUGUGGAAGAUGGAACGCUCAAAUAGCUGGAAAAACUAAAAGAAGCUAGUUUUUUGCUCCUACGAGUUCUCUAGGUCCAGACUUUAAAAUUUUUUAGGGCUCGAUUUUCCUAAAUUUUUGGAAUUUGUCUCUCGUGAAAAGAUGGUGGCAUAUGUAUCUAUGCUGAAAUAAUACCCAACUUGGAUAUAUGAAGGAUUUGUCAAAAACUUAUUGCCGACAAGGGAACUCCAAUAUGUGAUGUCAUAAGAUGAUCUUUAUUGUGCGAGAUUGCUCAAUAUCUCUUGUCAGCAGAACCAUGUGGCACAUUCCUGUGUGAUGGACAAAAGAUGUACGAAUAUUUUCUGUUUCAGCGUGAGAUAUAUUUUACCAUUUUAUAUCACCUAUUUUUUGAGGCAUUAACAUUGUUACACAACACGAAAAAAUAUAUACCUUCAGAAUGAAUGUCACAUUGUGGGACCCAAUAGUUCAAUUGGCAAUUCAUCAGCUUGCUCGUGCUUCUGUGAUGACAAUUGUAGUAAGAUGUGUCUGUGAUGACAAAUGUUUUUUUGUCCUUAGAUUGCUUGUUAUAGCUGGAAUAUAUCUAAAUUUUGUGGAGCCUCCUGGUCCUCAGAGAGUGUUUCAGAUUCACUGAGCCCUGUAUUCAUUUUGCUGUGCUUUUCCUUCUGUAUGAUCUUCUUCUUUGUCGUCUUUAUUCCAGUGGUUCAUCAAAAUCUUGAAGAUUAUUUUUAUGUGACCUUCUAAAGUGUGCAUUGGCUCUUGAAAAUUUUUAUGAAGGCUCAAACUUAGUGCACAUUUACAUUGCUUAAAAAGGAAAGACGACAUUCUACAGAAGAACUUUGCUGCUGAUUUUGUCUAUUUUUAGUACGCUAGCAUUGCCAGAAGGCAGAACAUCUGCCUCUCUCAUCGUGAUGAUCUCACAACACUUAUCUAGGAUAUCAGUCUCGAACCCUUUUCUUUGGUUGUGUUUUUCAUGCAGAUUCAAUGGGGAAAUUCCUUGUUAUUAUUUUUUUCUAAUUAAAGUAAGGAAACUAUCAUGCACCCAAUUGUGUUGUAGAGAGCAAUGAAAGCUGAAGCUCCUCUCUUCUCUUUUCUUACAACAGGCUAGCCAUUUAAUGAAUUAUUUUGUUUUAGCGAGUGACCCUGAAGAUGAUGGCCUUGUACAGGGAGGGGAUGAUAAUUUCCUGAGUAAUCAGCUACUGCCCCACAGCUUUGAGGCUGCAUGCAAGAGAGCCAAUGUGCCGCUGCUCAUGAGGCUCCAGCCUGGCUAUGACCACUCCUACUUCUUCGUUCAAACGUUCAUCGACGACCACAUCUGCCACCACGCCAAAGCCCUCAAAUCUCUUUUCUGA